AUGGCAACGUCAUUGCAUCACAAACUGCGUAUUGCGCGUGGGUUGGCACCUCUAAGCGGGCCCCCAGGGGUUUGGCUACUUGGCAACAUGCCAGCGUACAUCAAGAACCGCGACCGCAUGUACCAUUUCUUGGAGGAUCUGCUUAAGCAGCAUGGCGGUCGAAUGAAGAUGCCGUGGCACCUUUUCUUCGAUGGAGCCAUCUACAUCACGGACCCGAAGGACGUCCAGCACAUCUUGUCGACCAAUUUCGACAAUUACGUGAAGCCUCAGGGGUUUCUGGAUGCCUUUCAAGAGAUCUUCGAGAACUCGUUCUUCGCUGUGAAUCACCACGCCCAGGCUCCGGAUGGAGGUGCUGGUUGGCGACUGCAACGCAAAGUGGCGGCGAAAGUGUUCACCACCGCCAACUUCCGCAUCUUCACCGAACAAGUAUUUGCCAGACACGCAGAGGAGACGCUAUUGGCAGCACAAGCCGAAGCGACUGAGUCGAGAGCUCGAGAGGAUCCUGACGAGCGCUUCUGCUGCGAUAUGCAGGAGAUCAGUGCCAAGUACACGCUGAACUCCAUCUUCGAUGUCGCCUUUGGUCUCCCUCUGAGCGAGAUUGAGGGGACGGAAAACUUUGCGGAGCACAUGGGGUUCGUGAACACGCACUGCGCACAGAGGCUCUUUGUCAAACAGUACUACAAGCUGCUUCGAUGGGUCAUGCCCAGUGAGCGAGAGCUACGACGUCGCACGCGUGAGAUUCGGGCAGUCGCUGACACCGUCUUGCUUCGUCGUCUACAAGAAUCUCAAGAGAAAAUCAACGCACGGUCAGAUCUGCUGUCACUUUUCAUCCGCAAGGCUCGGGAGCUUGCUUUCGAAAGCACCAAAGACCAGAAGGUUGACGCUGCGUCUUUGUUGGGGCCUAAAACGCUGCGGUCCAUCCUCUUGACGUUCGUCUUUGCUGGCCGAGAUACGACAGCUGAGUGCCUCACCUACAGCUUCUACGCGAUCGCUCGGCACCCGCGAGUCCAGAAGCAAAUUGUGGAGGAGCUGGAGUCGACCAAGGAGAACACUGGGUCGACUCACGCAACUUUCACGUUUGAUCAAGUGAAAGAGAUGAAAUACCUCGAAGCCGUCGUGUACGAAGCCGUUCGAUUGUACCCAGCACUACCCUUCAACGUCAAGAACGCUGUGAAGGACGACUACCUUCCCGACGGCACCUUCGUCCCUGCAGGCGUCGACGUCGUCUACAGUCCGUGGUUCAUGGGUCGCAACGGCGAGCUUUGGGGCAAUGAUCCGCUCGAAUUCCGCCCUGAACGCUGGCUGGAGAUGCCCAAGCGCCCGAGCGCGUACGAAUUUCCUGCCUUUCAAGCUGGUCCGCGGGUGUGCUUGGGCAUGGGCAUGGCCGUGUUGGAGGCCAAGCUCUUCCUCGCCACCACACUCAGUCGUUUUCACGUAGCCAUCGCACCUGGCGAGAAGCAGGAGCGAGGCUACGUGCUGAAAUCGGGACUCUUCAUGGACGGCGGUCUGCCGCUGCAGAUGACCCCACGACCUCAGUCUGCAGCAUCAGCUUAG